AAGAAACCAUCCAGACAAAUUAUCAAACGGUGUUUGAGCAUCCACAGAAUCCGAUCACAUCCAACAGCCGCAACAUGAGGGCUUUCGCUUUUCUAACUUUGAUUGCAUUUGCCAGCGCCAUGACUGGGGAUUUUCGCCCAAACUGGUCCAAAACCCUUCUGGAUCAGCAAAUUCAACGUCAAUUGUUCGAAAAUCAAGUGCGCCGUUCUGAUUUUGAAGGACUGGAAAGACAAUAUGGUAAGCAAACUGUUGCCCAAGAGCUGUGCGACCGUGUCACCCAAUUGGUUCAGAACUUGGCACGAGAAAAUGCUUCCGGAGACGUUCUGUCGGUUGCACAAAGAGUAGCCGAUGGAAUCAAACGACUAAUCCUGGAAGCUAAGCAAACCAAAAUCACUGAAACCAUAGAGAAACUGCAAAGCCAGCAAUGGAAAGGCCAACUUUCAGGAGGAUUUCAAGGAAUUAGAACCGCAGCCGCUAUUAGAGCUAUUGAACACCUGCGAGAAAAAUUGCAGAAAACUGAACAAGAGAAACAAACAGUUGUAACCAGCUCCCUGGAAAACCUGAGAAAAACCCUCCAGGUGGUUAUUGAAACUCAACUCACUGCGGAAAGGUGCCAAAAGAGUCUAACCGGCGUGACCCAGCUGAGCAACAUUGUUGACCGAAAACUCAUCUCUGGCGCUACAGAAUUAACUCCCACGGGCUUUUUAGCGAAAAUCCAAAAGCUCGUCAUUCAAUUCUGCAUUCAGGACAUUCAAAAGGAGAUCGCCCAUGUUCAACAGUCGAUCCCACAGGUGCAGCAGCAACAACAAUUGGUGAGCGAACAACGAUGCGCAAUUCAAUUGCAAGUCGUCGUUUUGCAACAACGAGGUGACAUCGAGUUGGCUCAGCGUCUUCAGAGCACCGAAGAGCAACUUGCCCGCAAAGAAGAGGAACUGGUGGAGCAACAAGUCGCCUGCAGCGUGAUAGCUGAGAACCUCCAAGAAGCCGCCACUGAGAACGAGCUGCAACUUCAGAAGGAAACCGUGAUCGAACAAGUGGAAAGACGCGCGCUUACUGGCAGGAGUGGAAGAUUAUAUUAAAAAGCGCGAUGAAAUGUGAAUUAACCCGUGACUUUUGUUGUUGUAAUUAUUAAUUAUCAAUAAACGCAGAUGAGCAUAAA